AUGCCUGUCCCUAGCUACGGUGCCAUGCCUCUGAGCAAGACCUUUUUGCUCGUGCGCAUCAUGCAGGUCAUCUCCAUGGUCGUCAUCAUCGGCAUAACUUCCAACUUCAUCGGCAACAUUGUGAACCUAGGUGUAGAGCCACCCAAAGAGUUCGUGGGAACUAUCGCCAUCACCUGCAUCGCAGCACUCUACAUUCUUGUCAGUGUGGCCUACUACUGGUCCGAAGCCCAUUUGGGCCUGCUUGUCAUGGCAGGCGCGGAUUCGCUCCUGCUCAUCGCCUUCAUUGUGGUCGCCGUCACAGUCGGCAAGCCCGUAAGCUACCUGAACUGCUACGUGAUUGGCAAGACGAGCAGUGAGGUGGAUGCGGCGUACGCGUAUGCUUUUACCACGUCGGUUAAGAACAAUUUGAAUCAAAUGGGUGACAAGCUGAGCCUGGGUCAUUGGGCAGGCGUUACUAAGGGCAACUGCUUCCAGGCGAAGACUGUUUGGGGAUUGGCAAUUGCUAUGUGCAUUCUGUUCACCACUUCUUGCGCGCUUCUUCCCACGCUGUGGUACAAGAACAAGAAGGCGACCGCGGUCCCCAAGUCCGUUGAGGCUUAG